CAAGUCAUGGCUGCAUUGAUGAACAAACCCAAGUCGGAGCUGACUGAAGAAGAGUUAGCUAAACGUGAAGAGGAGGAGUUCAAUACAGGACCCUUGUCUGUUCUUACCCAAAGUGUUAAAAACAACACACAAGUUCUUAUCAACUGCAGGAACAACAGAAAACUCCUUUGUAGAGUCAAAGCCUUCGACAGGCAUUGUAAUAUGCUGCUAGAAAAUGUAAAAGAAUUGUGGACAGAGACCCCCAAAACCGGGAAAGGAAAGAAAAAGGCAAAGCCAGUCAACAGAGACAGAUAUAUCCCAAAAUUAUUCUUGAGAGGAGAUAGUGUUAUUCUAGUUCUCAGGAAUCCCAGGUUAGCUGGCAGAUAAAUCCCAGAAAGUUUUGUACAAGAAUCUUGAUGGUACUAUUCAAAAUAACAGUAGUAAAAUAUGUAUUUUUAAAUUAUAAAUGUUAUAUGCUUUUAUUACUUAAGCAGCCCUUUUACACAAGCUGAAUGUUUUGGCGUCCUAAGCUUAACAUUUUAUUUCCUUCUUCUAGCAUCAUGCUUUGUUUUAUUUGUUUUGCCUAUCUGCUCCUACUUCUUUUUCUCACAAAAGAAGGGUCAAGAGUAAAAGAGUUAGCAAAGAGACAAUUUCUCUUAUCAUUUAAGUUAGGCAUGAUAACGAUGAUAUGACUUGUUAUAUAAUUUACUAAUUUUUCACAAAAACUGUGUAUUGAUGAAAUUAACAAGAAAAAUUAUAACUUGUCUUCCUCUUGUUGAAUAUAAAUAAUUAACAUUCAUGACAUAUUUGAUAAUCUUAACAUGGUAAUUAACAUCCAAGUUUCAGUUUGGUUUCUAAAUCAGGAACCCACUAUUUUAUCUUAGAUGGUCAGGAAGACAAAUACUAAAGCACCGACAAAGCGAAAGUCAAAAGUGAAAAAAGAGAAAGAAUCCUCCCUUGUUUUCAAUUGUACGUCGUGCGCACAACCUCAACUCUUGGUCCAGGGGAAACGGAACAUUUUGUGCCACCCUCAACUACAAGUGGGUGUUUGUAGAGAAUGCCUAAUAUUUGCUCAUGCUGAUAUCAUUCCCAUCGACGAAGAGGGUUAUGAAAUUUAUUGUCGGUGGUGCAGUGAACUCGGGAACCUGGUUUGCUGUGACGAGUGUAAAACUCCUUUCUGUGAAGAGUGUAUCAGUAGAAGCAUUGGACCAGAGUAUUAUGAUUCCCUGAUGGAUGUGGAGGAGUGGAAAUGUUUUAUAUGUGAACCCACUGCUAUUGAGAGCUUACGAGAAUUAACCAAAGCUGCUCUUGAUCAUCAAAACUACAACGACCCCACUGAUCUGUUAUUGGAGAAAUGUUCGGCCAUUUUUAACGGCGAUGCAGAUGUAAAUGAUUCAGAUAGAGAAGAGAUCAUUAAGGAGAGGUUGCGAUUGCGCAGAAAUAAUCUCAAUGACACUCUAAAUAGAAAGAAAAAAGAGAAAAAAGAGAAAGAAUCCUCUGAAGAAGGGUCUAGUGAUUUAGAUGAAGAUUCCAAUGAAGAAGAUGAUAAAGAAGAUGAUAAAGUUAUCAAAGAAAUAGUUAACAAAAGAAAGAAAUCUGCUUCUGAUGUCAGUGAUUCUGAUAAAGACUCAAUUAAGAAAAGAAAGAAGUCUGGUUCCAAUUCAGAAUACGAGUCAUCUCCAGAAUCACCCAAGAAGGUCAAAGAUUCAGAUGACGAUUCUUUGGCAAAAGCUGUCGAUAAAUUGAAGAAUUCAGAUGAUGAUUCUAAACCGCCCAAAAUAACAGCUGAUUCAGAUGAAGAGUCAGUGCCUUCAGUUGAUGUGUCAGAAAAAGGUUCUGCUAAGGAAAAAAAUACAUCAGAUUCGGAUUCAGUAGCAUCCAAUGAGACCCUUGAUUUGGAAAAACCCUCCAAGAAACAUAACAGACAAUCAAAAAAUGCGAAACUGAAACCGGCUGAUCCGAAAACCUCCGAUAUUUCAGGUUCAGAUUCUGAACUUCUUGAGAAAAAGAAAAAAGAGCCAAGAGCCAAACUUUCAUUAAGAAAGGACAAAAAAAGCAGCUCUGGCUCCAGCAACAAAUCAAGAAGCUCGAGAAACAAAUCCAGAAAACCAAAGUAUAUUGUGUCCUCGGAUGAAAAUUCAGACGAUUCAGAUUAGCUGCGAAUGGUUGAAACUUUAACUUUCAAGAAUUUACUUUAUCAGUGAGAGAUCAAGAGCUAGCCUAUUAUUCUGAAUUUUUUGUAUAUUUUCUAACAUUCAAACCAGCUGCUGUCUCAAUUUUGAACGGAAUGAUCGCAAUCUUUGCUUUUUAUGUGCUCAUUUUCAAUUUGUCCCAGUACAGUAGAUGAUAACUCCCCACUCCCCAGUUUAUACAUUCUUUAAAUUCAACAUUUUUGUCACAGCAUAUUUGGUUCUGCUGACUGAAAAAUUAUUGAACAUUUUUCUCGUUGAACUAUAACAUUGAUUAAAUAUCUAUACGCCUUUAACAAAGCGAUUUUUAAAUUUCGUUAUAUUUGAUGACACAUUUGACGUUUGGUGUGUUCUGUACACUAAUGUAUUAUUUACGUUUCCGGUUUCGUGCAAGAGUGAAGAUGUUUUAUUAAAAUAUUUGUUUUAUUAAUAUUUGUUUUAUUAAAUAUAUACAAUCUAAGUUAUAAAUACCAUAAUUUUCUCCAUGUAU